AUGGUUAGAACUAGAGGUGCAUCGUCUUAUCAUGGUGAGAUUUCUUCGUGUGGUAAGUCUUCAUCUUUGUCACAUCCUGAAAGGAGAAGACCUACGACAUCCGCUCGUAGAAAACGCGUUCAAGAAAGUCAGGUGGACGUGAUUGAGGAGCACGAGGAGCAUGAGCAACAUGACGAGGGUAUUCAGCACGAGUAUGACCAGGGUAUUCAGCACGAGUAUGACGAGGGUAUUCAGCACGAGUAUGACAAGGGUAUUCAGCACAACUAUGUUGAGGACGACUAUGUUGAGCAGGAGGAUGUUUGUGAAGAACAAGAUGAAGAAGGUGGAUUCCAAGGAGGUCCACAGGACACCUCCUUGCUUACUCACUACACCGAUCACGUUGCAUUUGCCAUAUGGCAAGGUCGGGAUCGACAGGAGAUGAAGGUCAUCUCCCAUGGUAAAAAACUUAAACACUUUGGAAUGUAUCAUGAGACUAUUGAGCCUUUUAUCACCAUGUCAGACUUGAGUUCAUUAGUGAACUUAUCAUAUGAGUAUACCGAUCAUGGAUUGAUCGUGACCCUUAUGGAGAGGUGGCAUUUGGAGACAAAUAGUUUCCACCUCCCGGUAGGUGAAAUGUCAGUUACACUAGAUGACGUCCACAAUCUCCUCCACCUACCUAUUAUCGGUCAGUUUUGUGAGGUCGAGGACUUAAAGUAUGAGGAGGCUCGAUCUCAUAUUAUGGAUUUGUUGGGUGUGGACCGCACCAAAGCUACAACAGAGAUGACCCGCACACACGGUCCAAAAGUCAAGUUAAGCUAG